AUGUCGGCCGAAGCAGACGUAUCGCUCAACGACUUCAAAGGCCUCUUCUCGCUGCAAGGCAAAGUCGCCGUCGUGACCGGCGGAUCGCGCGGGUUGGGAUUAAACGCAGCAUCGGGUCUCCUCCAAUCCGGCUGCUCCAAAGUCUUCAUCACCUCGCGCAAGGCUAAAGCAUGCGAGGAAGCCAUCGCCGCGCUGAACAAGCUCGGCUGCUCGGGCAAGGCCAUCUCCGUCCCCGCCGACCUCUCCAAGACCAGCGAGAUUGAGCGAUUGGUGAAAGAGGUGGAGAAGCACACGGAUCAUGUCGACAUCCUGCUUGCCAAUGCGGGAGCGACGUGGGGCGCGCCCUUUGACGAGCACCCGGAGGAGGCAUUUGCCAAGGUGAUGGACUUGAAUGUCAAGAGUGUGUUUAUUUGUAUACAAAAAUUCGCCCCUCUCCUCCGCAAGAAGGCCAAACUCGAGGACCCCUCCCGUGUCGUCGUGACGGGCAGCAUCGCAGGCAUCGGCGUGGGCACCAUCGGCAAGAACGCCACCUUUGGCUACUCCGCCUCCAAAGCAGCGGUGCUGCACCUCGCCCGCAACCUCGCGCUCGAACUCGGCCCGCAGCACAUCCUCGUCAACAGCAUUGCACCCGGCUUCUUCCCCACCAAGAUGGCCAGUGGGUUGAUGGAGCUCAGCGGUGGAGUGAAGAAGCUGGCGGAGGCCAACCCGAAUAAGCGUCUGGGCUUGCCGGAGGAUAUCGCUGGGACGGUGGUGUAUCUUUGCUCGCGGGCGUCCGGCCAUGUCAAUGGCGGACAUAUUGUGUUGGAUGGUGGGAGCGUGCUGAGCGCCAAGUUGUAG